GCCAGAGCCCUUUUGCUGUUGUAUAAAAAAAACUGAGCUGUUUGAACGAUCCGUUCCGAAUCAUUAACACUUUUCCCAAAUGUAUCGGCCUCCUCCUACUUCUGCACCUGGAUUUCAGGGCAGUCCACCACCACCGGGCAUUCAUCCAUCGUCUGCGACAUCGUCACCUUGGCAAAGACCUCCACGACCUAUGCCUCCUGCUCACGGCGUCGUGAAUGAUGGCAUGGUACCAUCACCUCCCCCUGCUCAAUUAUGGAAGGAACAUCAAAACGCUGAAGGACGCAAGUAUUGGUUUAACACAAUAACGCGAAAGAGUACGUGGGAAAAACCAGAGGAGCUAUUGACUCCAGAAGAGAAGGCAUUGAUGAAUUGUCCUUGGAAGGAAUACAAAACGCCCGAGGGCAAGACGUAUUACAGUCAUUCGCAAACAAAGGAAUCAAAGUGGACUAUCCCUGAUGAAUAUAAAGAGCUCAAGGAAAAGGCAGAAGAGGCGAAAGAACGAGCUGUAAAGGAAGCCCAAAGACCUACGCCUCCACCGCCACAAGUUCAACCACGACCGCAGCCACAGCCACAACCUGCACCACACGUGCCGACACCACACAUCCUAGCACCCCAUAUGUCAGCACCUCAUAUGCAUAUGGGCCGUCCUCUUCCUCCUGCUGGCAUUGCUACUGCUGCUGCUGCUAACGCUGCUGGCGGUCCUUCUGCCAUGGCUGCACCCGGUGGGCCAUCAAAUGUCUCGCAUAAUGUACGACCGGAUAUGAACGAAACUAGACAACACAAGUACCGACAGCCACCACCAAGUGCCGCAUUACUUUCACAGGUCCCUGUUCCCGAAUUCCCAACAAAGGAAGAAGCAGAAAAAGCAUUCUUCAAACUUUUAAAGGAAACAGGUGUCAGAACAGAUUGGACGUGGGAACAGACUAUGCCUGAAAUUAUCACACACCCCAUGUAUCGUGCAUUAAAGACUCCCGGUGAGCGAAAGGCAGCGUUUCAUACAUAUAUUGAUCGAGAGGCUAAGCGUGAAAGGGAACUUCGCGAAGAGAAAGAAUCCAAACAACGCGUUGUCUAUUUCCACAUGCUUGAAAACACCAAAGAAAUUAAACCGUACUCGCGCUAUCAUUCCGUGGUCAAAUAUUUCAACAACCAGCCAGCAUACCAGCAGAUCAAAUCCGAAACCCAACGGGAAUUAUACUUUGAAGAGUUUGUGCAUGGACUUCAACGGAGGGAAAAGGAACGGUUACGCGAGCUUCGCAAGAUCAACAUGGAACAGUUUGCCGAAUUGCUGCGCCAGAUCCCUGAAAUCACGUACGAGACCCAAUGGAAAGAUGCACAGGGAUUGUAUACAAAGCAUCCCACGUUUGAGGAGGAUCCAAAGGCGUUUGAGGCCAUGGAUAUGUUGGAUUUCUUGACCGUCUUUGAAGAACACAGUAAGAUGUUGUGGGAGGCGCCCUUGGAGGAACUUAACCGUAAUAUGCGGGAUCGAAGGCGAGCGGAACGUCGUGCACGAGAAGGGUUCAAGAAUUUGCUGGUGGAACUCGAGCGAAACGGUGCGAUUACAGCACGGUCGUUAUGGAAAGAAAUAUAUCCACAAAUCAAAGAGGAUCCGAGAUACACACACUUGCUGGGUAUCCCUGACUCGACUCCAUUUGACCUCUUUUGCGAUAUGCUUGAUGAUCUGGAUGAAAAAUUGUAUCACGACAAGCGGCUGAUAUAUGAUGGACUCAAGGACCUUGACUUUGAGGUCACGCUUGAUACAUCGUUUGAAGAUUAUCAGGAAGUACUUAAACGCAGUCAUGAUGUUAUGGACCGUACAAAAGAAGCCAAUAUCAAGAUCAUCUUUGAUCACUUACAAAACAAAGCAGCGCAGCGGCUUAAGGAUGAGAAGCGUCGACAAGAGAAAAAGAUGAAAAAGAAGAUGGAUGCCCUGCGUCAUGCCAUGAAAUAUCUGGAUCCAGCAAUCGGUGUAGAUGAUUCAUGGGAAACAGUGCGUCCACGUAUCGAAAAUCUUCCCGAAUAUCAAGCUAUUGAAAAUGAGCAACAUUGCAUAGAGGCAUAUGAGAAAUUCAUCAAGCGAUUGAAGGAAAAACAUGCAGAACAAGACGAUGAAGAAGAAGAAGGCAUGAUCAAGGAUGAUGAAGAAUACACUGGUGGUGGCUACUCAAAACAUCAUGGUUCCCGACGAUACAACGGCAACAGUAAACACUACUCGAGGCAGCGGGCGGGUUCAGAUCGUGAUAGUGACCACGGUGGUUACAGUGACGAAGAACGAUCAAGAAGACGAAAGAAAAGGGUAAGCUCUGCACUUGUCGUUUGAAGCAAAACAAACAUGCUUACCUGCUGCUGUUUGUUACAGAGACACGUGUCUUCGCAUCAUGAUGAGACCUUUGAUAAUCCUGCGGAUGGCCAGCGGUCAAGUGCAGAAGAAGGGGAGGCGCUGGACGAGUAUGAGAACGAUCCGCGUCGCAUGCAUUGAGUAAGAAGGGGGCCCCAUUUGAUAGUGCAAAAGUAUGUGACUCUUUCUCCCGUACGAUCACAAUAAACACAGUACUCGUUAUCGGAUAUGGUACCAACCUGCUACAUACUGUAUUGGGCAACACGUUACACAAUCGGUCCACGCGACCCAUUCUCGCUGACCAAUCAGAAACAGUUGCUGCGGCAACUGAAUAUAAAAUCACACCUUUUUUGAGAGCC